AUGUCGUCUCUUAAGAAGCUUAUGAUACGAGGAAUAAGGUCGUUCAGCCAUAGGGAAAGCAAUACACUAGAGUUUUAUUCACCACUGACACUGAUAGUUGGGGCAAAUGGAACGGGGAAGACGACGAUAAUUGAGUCGUUGAAGUACAUCAGCACCGGGAGUCUUCCACCGAACAGCAGGGGAGGGGCGUUUAUCUACGACCCAAAGGUUGCAGGGUUAGCUGAGGUGCAGGGGAGUGUGAAGCUCUUGUUCACCAACGUGCACGGAGAGACGAUGGUAUGCACACGGUCUAUGCAGCUGACGCAGAGAAGAGGCAAGAGGGAGCAGAAGACCUUGGAGAGUGUGGUGUGGGCUGAGAGGGAUGGAGGGGGGGUGAGUGGAAGAAGUGGGGACGUUGAUGCCGAGAUGCCCCAGCACUUUGGGGUGUCCAGUAGUGUAUUGGAGAACAUUAUAUUUUGCCAUCAGGAGGAAAGCACAUGGCCUCUUGGAGAGCCCGUUGUUGUUAAGAAGAAGCUCGACGAGAUAUUUGCAUCUGCAAAGUACGGGAAGGCCUUGGACAGUCUGAAGUCGUCUAAGAAGGAGUGUGCCUCUGACAUUAAGAUGAAGAUGCAAGAGCUAGAGUUUUUGAGGAAGAUGAAGGAGAGAAAAGAGUGUCUUGAGGCCCGGAUAAAGAGUGGGUGUGCGUCCAUAGAGAGGAAUGAAGCGAAGCUCGAGGCCUAUGGGAAUGAGAUAAGGAGAUGUGAAGAUGUUGUUGAGGAGAUAAAUGUAGAGCUCCGGAACAACGAGGAGGCUGAAAGGAGGGCAUACAUGCUGAGGAACGAGCACGAGGAGCUGAAGAGAUUUAUUGAUGGGUUCAAGGAAAAAGCAUUGCCGCUGGAAGAGGCAAAGGGCAUUCUGAGCGGGAAGCUGCUGACUGAAGCCGAAAAGAGGUAUGAAAGGAUAAGGGCAGAGGCUGAGGAGAGUGAAGCCAGAUUUAGGUGUCUGAGUGAAAGAAGAAGUGCCUAUCUUAAGGACAAGACGGAGCUUGACGGAGUAUUUUCUGAGAUAUCUGUCAAGUCUUCGCUUCUAGAUGAGGCGAGGCGGCAGAGGGAGGAAGUCUUCAAGAGCCUUGAGUCUGAGCUUCUUGUCACAAAAGACUUCAGGGAGACGGCGGCUGAGGCCUUCAAGAAGGUGGAAGAAGACAUCAGAAGAAGAAAAGAGAGCAUAGAAGUGCUUGAGUCUGAGCUUCUGAAGCUGAGGAAGGAAGACGAGAACAAGAUGAAAAUACUUUCUGAGAAGAAGAGGAUAGUGGAUGAGUACAGGGACCUUGUGUAUGACGAAAGCAUGGAUCUGUCUGUAUCCUAUGAGGAGGAGAUUGAAAGGCUUAGGAUUGAGAUUGAGACUGAUAGGGAGAUGGAGGCUUUAGAAGAAAGGCUCGAGGAGUACCAGAGAAGACUGAACAAUGCAUAUAGCAUUGCUGAAAGAAACUUUGCGAUGAACCAGAUAAGAAGCAGGAAAAAGGAGAUAGAGAAGACACUGAAGGAAGUGAAUGUCCCUGAGCUUCGGGCAAAGCUAGAGAGGCAGAGGGAAGAGCUGAGGGAAAAGGAGAGGAGGAUGAAGAAGAUUGAGAGGGAGAUGAAUCUUAGGAGGGCAGAGAUUGCGCGGAGAGAAAGAGAGAAUGAUAAGAUUAGAAAGGAUAUAAAAAUGAAGACCAUUGAGCUUGGAGCCAUGAUUCAAAAGUCUGAUACACCUACUUUUGAGGGACUAGGGAUUUCAAGGUUCCAUGGAGAAAGUAGGCAUCGCGUGAAAGAGGCCAAGGAAAUGGUGAAGGGCAACGGGGAUUUCUUUACAGAGGAUAUUAUGAUGGUUGGUGUUGAAGUGCUAGACCCUGAAGGGCUCUACAACGGUAAAGAAGCCCAAUUAUUAAGCGGCGAGAACGAAGGCUUGUACAGGAAAAAGAUAUACAGAGAGAUACUAGAGGAGGGGAGCAGAUGCCAUAGAUGCCCUAUAUGUGAUAGGUCUUUUUCUAUUGAGGAAGAGGUUGGAUUCAAGAGGAGGCUAGAGAUGGAGAUAGAGGAAGCUUUAGAUGGGAAGGAGAAUGGGUUUAGGAAUUUAAAGGGAAUGGACGAUGUUUGUAAGGCGAUUGAAGGCCUUAAUGAAGGUAUAAUGAAUAGAAACAGGCUAAGAGAAGAGAUUAUCGAGUUGAUUCUGAGAUAUGAGCCUUUGGGGGAUAGUGUUGACUCUGAGGUUUUGGAGGAGAUGGAGUUGGAUAUUCUGGAUGAGGCUGAAGGGAUCAAGAAGACGGAGUAUUACAUUGGGUUAGUGUCUGAACUGUUUUUGAUUGAUGGAAAGCUGAAGGAUGAGGAGGAGGGAGAGUCUGUUCAGGAGUUGAAGUCAAUGAUUGACGGAGUAAGGAAGAUAUAUGAGGACAAGAAGAGGGAGAUGAAGGAGAAGAGGGAAAGGAUUGGAUACCUGGAGCAGAAGCAGGGGAGGAUCAGAGCCGAGGAGGAUGUGCGGGGGAAGAUAGGCCUCAGAAAGGAAGCAGAGAGGGCCAUUGAACAGAUUGAGAGAAGCGACUUGAAGGCAAGAAUAUCUGAAGUUUCUGAGGAGAUAUUGCGGAGGAAAGGAAAGGUGGACAAGGUUUUUGAGAAGUUCUCGAGAAAGAGAGUGGAGCUGGAAAUGAAUAUGGAGGUAUUCUAUCAGAAAGAAAAGGAAGUAAGACAUCUUGAGAAGGAGGUUGAAGAGCUGAAUGGCAAGGUCAAGAAGCUUUUGCAAGCUGAAUACGGUGAGGAGGUCAAGGACGAGACGAAGUUUGACUCAGUAAGGAACGAUCUUCUUGAGAAGAAGAACGAGGUUUUGGAGGUGGGAAGGAAGAUUCGUAUGAUGCAUGAAGUACGAGGUCUAGCAGAGGAAAGCAUAAGAUACUACAACAGGCAGAAAAGAGUCGAGGAAAUAGAAAGAGAGUUGUCUGAGACUGAUUUUGAGUAUCUGAUAGCCCUCAAGGAAAAGAAGAAGCUUCUGGAAGAGAAGAAAAUGAAUCUUGUUUCCCAGCAGUCACUGUUACUGGGGGAGUGUAAGCAGAUUGCCCUUGGAAUAAAGUCUUGCAAGCAGGAACUUCUGAAGGACCACAGCAGAACGGUGGAGGACUACAACAAGUGUUUCAUUGAGCUUAAAGCCCUGGAGCUGUCCUGUUUAGACCUUGACAAGUGCAUUCAGGCGCUAGACAGGGCCAUUAUUGACUUCCAUACCUCUAAGCUUGAGGAGGUAAAUGCAACGCUCAAGGAUUUAUGGGAAAGCACUUACAAAGGAGACGAUGUUGACUGGAUAGAGAUAAAGACAGAGAGCCUCGGGCAGAAGACCUAUAACUACAAGGUUGUGUUUAUUAAAGGAGGUGUGGAGCUUGACAUGAGAGGGAGAUCCAGCUCUGGCCAGAAGAUGAUAGCAAGCAUCCUUAUAAGGCUAGCACUUGCAAACUCCUUCGCCUCUAACUGCAACAUAUUGGCUCUCGACGAACCGACCACAAACCUUGAUAGAGACAACAUAGAAAGCCUUGCAUUUACCCUUUCGAGAGUGAUCUCAAGACAUAAAGAGAACUCAGACUUCCAGUUGAUUGUUAUAACGCAUGAUGAGGACUUUGUUCAGCUGUUGAGCAGAGACGGCCCAGAGUACUUUUAUAAGUUGAACAGAAAUGAGAACGGGGAUUCCGUGAUUGUAAGGCACUCGGUGUAUGGAAUGCAGGAGUCUGGGAUGGGUGCCAAUAAAGCUUUCUGA